GUUUUUCUUAUUUUUUGAUAAAGGCAGUGGUAAUUUUUUAUCAUUUUUGAUUCAAAUUGCAUCUAUUUUAAUUAAAUUGAGCGAAAUAAUUGUUCAAUUGUUCAAUUCGCACCUUUAAAGCCGACUAAACAAUUCUGCCCAAUGCUUUGUAUAGUUUUAUCUCAGCGAAUCCAAACCCAUCUUCGUUUGUAAGCGAUGUUGUGACUCAAAAAUCCCAAUAAUCAUGUCCGAAGUACCAUCAACCACCGGGAACGAUUUAACGUUGAAAGACGUUCUGGAAGAACGUAGAAACCGUAGCGAUGUAGCCUGGGUAUCGAAAACCUUCGUCCCAAAACCAGCCUACGUUAACCCAUCUUACGUAUCAGAUCCGAUAUUAUUCCGUUACAAAAUACUCACCGAUGAAAAUAUACACUUACUAAUGAGACAAGUGUAUCCGAACGAAUCCAGUUCAGACGAAUUUCACCGAAUCGAUCAAAUCGUCAACGAAAUGGGGUACUUGAAAAACACGUCGGUGGUUCGAUGGCUCGGAUUGUUAUUGAUUAAAAUCCUAAAGAAGACGGUCGAAUCGAUUUUCAUUUCGGAAGCGAAAUUAUUAAGGUUGAAACACGAUAUGGGCAAAAAUCCUGUGAUAUUUUUACCAACUCAUCGGAGCUAUGCGGAUUUCAUCUUGAUGGCGUUUCUGUGUUUCAAUUACGAUAUUGAAAUUCCAGUCGUUAUCGCUGGAAUGGAUUUUUACGCAAUGUUUGGUAUGGCUACGUUACUUCGAAGAUGCGGUGCGAUGUAUAUGCGUCGGUCAUUUAAAGACGACAAGGUUUACGGUGCAAUAUUCAAGAAAUACGUUCAAACUGUGAUAGCGAUGGGUGAUUCUCCGUUUGAAUUCUUCAUCGAAGGCACUCGUAGUCGAUGUGGUAAAUCAUUGGCUCCUAAAUUAGGUGUUUUGAAAAUGGUCGUCGAAGUGUAUACAGCUAAACAAGUGGAAGACAUCACAUUCGUGCCAAUUACCAUCAAUUACGAAAGAUUAAUAGAAGAUUUGUUAUUCGCCCGAGAAAUGCUUGGAAUACCGAAACCCAAAGAGUCAACGACGGGUAUGUUGAAAGGUAUAUCGAUGUUGGAAGAGCAAUAUGGAAACAUAUACGUGAAUUUUGGGAAAGAAAUAUCCCUGAAGGAGUUUUCGAAUGAAAAUCAGCAAAACGAAGAAUUCCUGCCUCGCUUAGCUCAUUUCAUUUUAAAUAGACAACAAGAGAACACCGUCGUGACAUUUUUUAAUAUUUUUUCUGCCACAUUCCUGCAAUGUUUAUUUGUAACGAACAAAAAGUCAUUUAAGAUAUCAUUUUUAUCAGAACAAUUCAAGAAACUCUCUUACCUGCUAUCGUUUUUCGGCGCCAUGUUCAUAUUUAAAGUAGAUAAUUUUUCGCAAGAAAUUCAACGUAAUCUGAAUAUUCAUAAAUUUUUGAAGAAAAAUAUCCCCAACGAUAGUAUUGAAAUCGACGGUUACGAUGAUGAAAGUAACUCGGUAUCGGUAGAUGAAACUAGAACUGCCAUUCCAUUCAUAUUACUGCAGCACUAUUCCAACUGCUGCUAUUUUUUCCUCAUUAAUCCUGCCAUUAUAAUUGCCAUAUUGAAAAGCGAGAAAAAAUGCAGUAAAAAUUCAUUAUUCACCAAGUUUGCCUGGUUUAGAACGUUGUUCAAAUACGAAUUUGCGUUCCAUCAUUGUUUCGAACAUCAGGAUUUCGAGCAAACGUGUUCGAGAUUACGAGACCUGAAUAUAAUUAAAUGGGUCGAAAAUGAUCAAAUUUUGCUGAACGAAGCUGGAAAUCAGUACACGGAUACGUGUGUUAAUUUAUUAAUACCGUAUUUGAAUGGAUAUUUAUUCGUUUGCGAGAGUUUGAUUUCGGUUAGCAAUAAAAAUUUCGAACAGAAAUGUCUCAAGACUAGAAUAAAAAAGCAAUUGGAGCUAGAGCUGGAUGUUUCGAACGAUGUUAGCUUGUUUUAUGCACUAUCGUCGCAUUUUUUAACGUGUACCUUCUCGUCAUUAAUUGAUGCCUCGAUACUGGGCCUAGAUAGUACAAAUCAGUUCGUAAGUGUAGUAAAUUCGCAAAAAUUACACGCUGUUGUUCAGUUCCUUAGAAUGUUACUGCAUAGAAAAUUCGAAACGAAAGAAAAUACAUCACGGUUUGCUUUAACGAAAGCUAAACUUUAGAUUAUUUUAGUUUACAAUUAUACUGGCGUAGAAGAAAAAAACAUCAUUGAUGUGUUCAUUUUAUACUUUGAGAUUUUUUUUUUUAAAUUAAUUGAUUCGUUUGUAAUGUAAUAAUAAAUUGUUUGAAUAAAUUGAGAAUAUUUUUCA